AUGUCUGCCUCUCCAAAAAUCUCCAACAGCUCCCAAUUCCAGGUCUCUGAAUUCAUCCUGAUGGGAUUCCCAGGCAUUCACAGCUGGCAACACUGGCUCUCUCUGCCACUGGCCGUACUCUACCUCUUAGCAAUUGGUGCCAAUGUCUUCAUCCUCAUCACCAUCUACCAAGAUCCUGCUCUUCAGCAGCCCAUGUACCACUUCUUAGGCAUCCUCUCUGUGGUGGACAUGGGUCUGGCCACCACCAUCAUGCCCAAGAUCCUGGCCAUCUUCUGGUUUGAUGCCAAGGUCAUUAGCCUCCCUGAGUGUUUUGCUCAGAUCUACGCCAUUCACUGCUUUGUCGGCAUGGAGUCUGGUAUCUUUCUCUGCAUGGCUUUCGACAGAUACGUGGCUAUUUGUCACCCUCUUCACUACCCAUCAGUUGUCACCAAUGCCUUCAUCUUAAAAGCUACCUUGUUCAUGGUGCUUCGGAAUGGCUUGCUUGUCAUUCCAGUGCCUGUGCUUGCAGCCCAGCGUCAUUAUUGCUCCAGGAAUGAGAUUGAGCAUUGCCUAUGCUCUAACCUGGGGGUCACUAGCCUGGCUUGUGAUGACUGGAAGCCAAAUAGCAUCUGCCAGUUGGUUCUGGCAUGGCUUGGCAUGGGGAGUGAUCUCAGUCUUAUAAUAUUGUCAUACACUCGGAUUCUGCGCUCUGUACUUAGACUGAACUCAGCUGAAGCUUCAUCCAAGGCUCUGAGCACGUGUAGCUCCCAUCUCAUCCUUAUCCUCUUCUUCUAUACAGUUGUUGUAGUGAUUUCAGUAACUCACCUGGCAGAGACUAAAGCUACUCUGAUUCCGGUUCUACUCAAUGUGCUACACAACGUUAUUCCCCCAUCCCUCAACCCCAUGGUGUAUGCGCUUAGGACUAAAGAACUCAGGGCAGGCUUCCAAAAAGUGUUUCCUUUGAGCUUAGAGAAGAAAGUAAGGCACCAGAAAUCUUCCCCGUGA